AUGGGACAGACUGUUACCACCCCCCUGAGACUCACGCUUGACCACUGGUCGGACGUGAAAGCACGAGCCAACAACGAGGGAGUUGUAAUCAAAAAGAAUAAAUGGAUCACCCUUUGCGAGGCUGAAUGGGUCAUGAUGAAUGUAGGAUGGCCUCGCGAAGGAACCUUUAACCUCAGUCUUAUCUCGCAGGUGGAGGGAAAAGUCUUUGCUCCGAGUCCACAUGGCCACCCGGACCAAGUCCCAUACAUCGCCAUAUGGAAACUCCUGGCGACAGAACCCCUUCCAUGGGUUAGGCCAUUUCUCUCCCCUCCGACGCCCCAGGCCUGCCCCCCGACGGCACUGCCGCCCCCUCCUACCUCCUCCCUUUACCCUGUUCUCCCACGAAAGGAUCCCCCUAAGACCCCUGUUCUCCCCCCCGACCCCAAUUCACCUCUUAUUGACCUCCUGACAGAGGACCCACCACCAUACCCGGGGAAUCGGGGACAAGGGGGACCGGCAGUCCCCGCGGCGAAGCUAGAACCGCCAGCAGCCCCCGAACAUCCUCUACAGAGAGAGCGAGACGAUGAGACUCCGGCCACCUCCCCAAUUGCCGGUCGCCUACAAGGCAGGCGCGACGAACCAGCCAAGGAAUCCAGAGUCUUCCCCCUCCGGGAGGGCCCAAAUCACCAGCUCCAAUAUUGGCCAUUUUCGGCCUCUGACCUUUACAACUGGAAACAGCAUAAUCCCCCUUUCUCUAGGGACCCUGUUGCCUUGACUAACCUGAUUGAGUCUAUUUUAGUGACCCACCAGCCCACAUGGGACGACUGGCAGCAGUUACUGCAGAUCCUCCUGACAGUGGAGGAAAAGCAGCGAGUCUUCUUGGAGGCUCGGAAGCAGGUUCCUGGAGACGAUGGAAGACCCACCCAGUUGCCUAAUGUCAUUGACGCAGCCUUUACCCUCACCCGCCCAAACUGGGACUUCACGACCCCAGAAGGUAGGGAGCACCUACGUCUCUAUCACCAGUUGCUCUUAGCGGGUCUCCGGAGGGCUGCUAGGCGCCCCACCAAUUUGGCUCAGGUUAGAAGUACGAUCCAGGGAAAGGAUGAGACACCAGCAGCAUUUCUGGAAAGACUCAAAGAGGCCUAUCAGAUGUAUACCCCAUAUGAUCCAGAAGAUCCAGGUCAGGCACCGAGCAUAAUCUUGUCUUUCAUCUAUCAAUCAAGUCCAGAUAUAAGGGCCAAGUUACAGAGACUAGAAGGAUUGUAUUCGUUCAGUUUGUCAGAUAUAUUAAGAGAGGCAGAGAAAGUGUUCAAUAAAAGGGAAACUCCCGAAGAGCGGGAGGAGAGGAUGUGGCAAAAACAGGAAGAGAGAGAGAAAAAGCGUCAUAGGGAAAUAAGUAAAGUCCUGGCCGCUGUAGUAUCACAGGGACAGGUUAGAGAAGGAGUUAGGAUGGGAGGUCAAAGAAGGACACCGCUUGAUAAAGACCAAUGUGCUUACUGUAAAGCAAGAGGACAUUGGGCUCGAAACUGCCCAAAGAUACCUCAAGAGUCUCGGAAAACUAAGCCAAAAACCACGGACCUCCUCAACCUAGAGGAUUAG